AUAUUUCUGUUAAUUAUAUUUUUUUAUUCUAAUAUAGAUUUUGUAAUAUCAUACUGUUAUAUUCUGGUUAUUUUUUUAUAUAUAGUUGGCUGUCUUUUAUGUAUGAAUACAUAUACACAUUUUAUAUAUUAUUUCCAACAUUUGGCGGGAUUUUCUCAACACGUGAUACACGCUUAGCUCUUGUGAAUUUUGCGUUUCUUUUAAUCAAAAAAUUACGUUUACUUGCAGUCUAUAUAAUAGUAGCAGAAUAAAGAUAUUUAUUGUCUGUCGUAUAAAUUUAAACAUUCUAUUUUCUGCUUAAACAUGGAAAAUAAUAAUUGUGAUAUAAAAGUAGACACUUUCAAAGAUACAAUUUCAGUUACAGACAAAUCAGGAAGUAUUACAAAUAAUGAAAUAUUGCCAACAAAUGAACUUAUGGAUGAUAAUGCUGAAAAGAAGGUACGAAAAAGGAGGCGACAAGCUGAGGAACAAAUUGAAAGCAAAAGAUCAGCAGAAGAAGAAUAUAAUCGUGAAUUACUUGAACAACAAUAUAAACGAUUGAUGCAUUUACUAAAUAGAAGUAAAUUUUAUGCUUCAUACAUUGUUGAGAAAAUUAACAAUAAUUCAAAAGAAGAUACUCAUAAAAAAAUUAAUAAAAAAAGUUCCAAGAGGAUGGAAUCUACAGAUGAAAAUAUGUCACCCCAAGAGAAAAUGUUAAAAAAAUCUCAUAGUCAUGAUAUACGAAAUUAUAUUUCUAAAGAUGUUCAGAAAAAAAUAAAUUUGGACAAAGAUAAACUGAAUUUGAAUAAAGAAAAUUUUGAAGCUGAAAUAGAAAAUGAAGUAGAAAAUGUUGAUAAUGAUGCUCUACAAAUAUCACAAUAUUUUAAUGGAGAAUUACGAGACUAUCAAAAAAAAGGUUUUCAAUGGUUAAAAAUUCUUUAUGAAAAUGGUAUAAAUGGAAUUUUAGCUGAUGAAAUGGGGCUUGGAAAAACAGUUCAAAUAAUAGCCUUGCUAUGUCAUCUCAUUGAAAAACAACAAGCUGGCCCCUAUUUGAUUGUAGCUCCUCUUUCAACUAUACCAAAUUGGAAGAUUGAAUUUGAAAAAUUUGCACCAGAAUUACCUGUUGUAGUGUAUCAUGGAACACGAGAUGAAAGAGCCAUAGCAGCAAGAAAUAUAAAACAAAAACACAAAGUCACAGAAUCUUUUAAAACUCAACCAAUUGUGCUUACCAGUUUUGAAAUACCAACAUAUGAUAAACAUUUUAUUCAGUCUCAAAAUUGGAGGUACAUAAUAGUUGAUGAAGGACAUAGAUUAAAAAAUUACGAGUGUCUACUUAUAAAGAUUCUGAAAAGAUGCAGAUCUAUGAAUCGACUUUUAUUAACAGGUACACCGUUACAAAAUAACUUAGCAGAAUUAUGGUCACUAUUAAAUUUUUUGUUACCAGAAAUUUUUGAUGAUUUAGCCGUGUUUGAAUCAUGGUUCGAUGCAAAAGAAUUUCAAGGUAAUGAAGGAACAAAAAAGUUCUUGCAGUUAGAAAGGGAAAAGCAUGUAUUAUCAUCAUUGCGUGAGAUAUUACAGCCAUUUAUGUUGAGACGCGAAAAAGCAGAUGUUUGCAUAGAUAUCCCACAAAAGAAAGAAAUAAUUGUAUAUGCUCCUCUCACAAAACUACAACAUGAUUUGUAUAAAGCAGUUUUAACUCGUGAUAUAUAUAAAUUAUGUAAACCCGAUGAACCUCAAAUUAUAUAUACAGAAGAUGGUUCACGGCCUAAGAGAAGAUGUGCUUUAAAAACUGUGAAUAAUAUGCCUACAAAUUUAAAAAAAGUAGAAUCGUCACUUCGAGGGAGUAAUGAAAGUGUAGACAGUGAUAAUUAUAAAAAGGUAGAGCCUGCUACAGCUGAAAAAGAUUUAUCAAUGUGGAAACAAUUUACAGAUGUCACAACACAUAAUCAAGAGUUUUUACUGAAACUGACUUAUCUUAAUAGACUGGCAAUGUAUAAGAAAAUUGUGAAUCAUCCGUACUUAGUUUAUUGUCCAUUAAAUUUUAAUGGUACACCAAAAAUAGAUGAGGACUUAAUCAGAUCAUCUGGCAAACUUCUAAUAUUGGAUAAAUUGUUUUCAAAAUUAAAGGCUCAAGGUCAUAAAGUAUUGUUAUUCUCGACUAUGACAACAAUGUUAGAUGUAAUAGAAGAUUAUCUUUAUUUACGUGAUUAUAAGUUUGUAAGACUAGAUGGUAGUGUUAAUCUUGAAGACAGAAAAGAGAACAUACAAACUUUUAACUCCGACCCUGAUAUAUUUGUAUUUCUUAUAACUACAAGAGCUGGUGGUGUUGGAUUAAAUCUUGUUGGAGCUGAUACUGUUAUUAUAUAUGACAGCGACUGGAAUCCUCAAAUGGACAUACAAGCUAUGGCACGUUGCCACAGAAUAGGUCAAACAAAACCAGUAGUUAUAUACAAAUUGUGUACUAAAGGAACAAUUGAUGAAGCAAUAAUUCACCGUGCAGAAGCAAAGCGUUUCUUAGAGAAAAUGGUAAUUUCCAAACAACUUAAUACAGUCAACUUAGGCACUAAAGAAACCUUAAUGGAGUUACAAAGGCUUUUGGAAUCAAAAGAAACACAAGUGGUUAAAUCCGAAAAUGAAGUUUUUACGGAAGAAGAACUUAACAAAUUACUAGACAGAAGUGAAUUAUACAGGAAGUAAACAGCUCUCGAACUGUUUUUGAUCUGGUGAGAAAUUUUCUAUAAAUAAUAUGAACAAAAGUAUUCUGUGUUAAUUUUAUAGCUAUUCAUAGUAAAUUAUCAUAUAUUUAUUUUUGUAUUUUCGUCCUAUCAUUAUAAAAGUUUAUUUAAUUUUAUAAUAAAAUAAAUGUAAGUAACAACUGAGAAGUAUUCUAUGUGAUAAAUAUUUAUUGGGAGUUUAUAUAAUUAUUAUGAAAAUAGGACCAUUCUUUCUGAACAAAAACAUAGCUAAUAAGUACUACGACAUUAUAUAUAAAUAUUUUUUGUAUUCUAUUGAUUUUAUUCAA